CGCAGCGUCACCAGCAGCAGCAGCAGCAGCGGCGGCGACGCAACAGCGCUUCAGUCUCUCAAUCUGCGGGGAAAAUCUCACUUAAACACCGGCUUCUAUCGCGACACGGGCCCGGGCCGGACACUGCGGGGGUCAAACAUGGUCUGCGGGGGCUUCACCUGCUCGAAAAAUGCGCUGUGCUCCCUCAACGUGGUUUAUAUGCUGGUGGGUCUGCUGCUGAUUGGAGUAGCGGCCUGGGGAAAAGGCUUCGGUCUGGUCUCCAGUAUCCACAUCAUCGGAGGCGUGAUCGCAGUGGGAUUCUUCCUGCUCCUCAUUGCCAUUGUGGGGCUGAUCGGAGCCAUUCACCACCACCAAGUCAUGCUCUUCUUUUACAUGGUGAUCCUGUUUAUUGUGUUCUUGUUCCAAUUUGGAGUUUCUUGUUCCUGUUUGGCCAUGAACCGCGGGCAGCAGGAGGCCCUGCUGAGCUCGGCGUGGAGUAUUCUUCAGAACAAAACCCGCAUGGACCUGGAGACGCAGCUCAACUGUUGUGGGCUCUUUAAGAACUCCAGCACCUCUUUCGACGCGGACUAUGCCAGCUGUCCCGCCUUUUGUAAAAAGGAAAACGACUGUGCGACUUGUGGAGGGAAAAUGUUGAACCACGCCACAGAAGCUCUGAAGAUCCUGGGAGGAGUGGGACUGUUCUUCAGUUUCACAGAGAUUCUGGGAGUUUGGCUCGCGGUUCGCUACAGAAACCAGAAGGACCCCCGCGCUAACCCCAGUGCUUUCCUAUAGUCCCAAUCCACCCCCAUCCACCCAAUACACUUUACACUGGUAACACACGAGCAGAGACGCACGCUUUAGCUCAACUACUCAACCUGAACAGGCAAAAAAACUGGACCAGAAACAAAGGACACCAUCGCACUUUGUCCAAAAACUGCGAGAGGAGAGGUACGUCUGCAUGAAAGGAUCCUGCUAUACCAAGAGUACAACUUGUGGUAUUAAACGCAGCCUUGAUCUGAGUAUCUCCGUCGUCCCUGCUUGAGAAGUCCUCGCAUGUGUGGUACCAAACGGCUAAGAAAAGUGUCUAUGGUUACAACUAAAGGGCCUAUAUUAUGCUAAAUUGAGUUUUUGAAGUUUUAACCAUGUUGUAAUAUAGUUUCCUCAUCAAAAACAUACCUAGAGUUGUGUUUUGUUUCAGGAAUCCUACAUAGUCUAGAAAGUUGUAAUCUUGAAAGCUCCUCCAUGGUGAUGUUCUCUACUACUGUUUCUAGCUUCAUAAAAGCUGCUACUUUUCAACUUGCCAUCACAUGCAUCUGCAGGAACUGUGUAUCAACAAAUUUAAAGAUGUUUUAAGUAACCACCUACGUGUUUCCAUGGAGAUGUUAUUGUUUUGCCUGGAAUGUUUCACAGUAUGACAUUAAAUGUGUCUUAAUUCCAAGAAAACAUGAAGGUACUGCCACCAGGUCAGGUUACAGGUCAGAUCUGUGGAAAGGCUUACAGUAAGAAUGUAUGUUUAUCAAGAUAUUUUUAGCAAUAAAUACAUUUAUAAUAGAAUAAAAGUAAAAUAUACAAAUUUAAUGUCAUACUAUGGAACAUGUCAGGCAAGUUCAUGGUCGAGUUAAUAUAGUGCAACUUUAAAUUUUUAGCAGAUGGCGCAAGGAAGUCUUUGAGGAAUUUCCAAGUUAUGCUUCAGGAAAUCCCAUAGCUAAUUAGCAUAAUAUAGGGCUUCUAAACCUUGUCUCAUUGGUGCCAUGUUUUACUCAGUGUAGUUGAAGCUGUAGAUCACAUGUCCAACGUGAAUUCAGGGCUAAAAUAUUUGACAUAAAAUGUAAAAAUAAGGCAGUUUUCCAUUUUUUGUUUUGUUUUUAGUAACGUUUUAAGGAAGGAGUUAAGACUGUACCCUCCGCUAAUGUGGUCCCCAGUAUCAAACAUGAGCUCAAAUUUGAAUUUAAAAAAUGACUAAAUAUUCAAUUCCAUGUGACAUUUUUUGAAAUUCCAACUAAGACUUGAAAUUGUUCUAAGGGUGCUUUCACACCAACCACAACUAGUCCGACUGAUGUACAUCCAAGACUCCUGUGCACAGCGGUCUCCACUGCACAUGGCUCGGGGACGCAAGGCUCUCCCGUACACCAGACCUCGCAAAAGUGAGGCUGAAACACACUGUCUCACUCAGUGGCCUUCUCAUGGAGCCCCUCCUCGGGGUAUGGACGGCAUAGGCCAGUCCCUAAUUUUUCUAUGAACCUUACGUUUCUCGAAUCCUGCCUAAGAUUCUCCCUGCCCCGGAAAUCUCUGACUCACAAACCUAUGGACCACCAAGUGUCCAGACCCAACCCCGACCCCCGUCACAGCCCUUAACCAGGGCGCGGGGGCCCGCUGACCCAGUGUUUACACAGGGCGACCUGGUUGAUCCUGCCAGUAACAGAUGCUUGUCUCAAAGAUGAAGCUGUGCAGGUCUAAGUCCACACGGCCGCUACACUGAACCUGUGAAUGGCUCAUUAAAUCAGUUCUGGUUCCUUUGAUCGAUCCACUGUUACUUGGGCCACAUUUUGCCUCGGUUCGAGGUUUGCCUCAUGUCUUCUUCACUCACCACAAACAGGAAAUGAAAUAAUUGGUAUCCUUACAUUUUGUUUGGACCUACUGUAUCAGAGUUUGGCAUUUGGUCAAGCGGUCCAAGAGCUCAAAAAAGAGGCAGUCUCAGUGAUUUAGUGGUUUAAUGCAGAUCCGAGUGUGACUGUGACACCAAUGAAAAACAAGCCCAACUAAGAGCUUCUGGUUUCAAUGAAAUGUUUGGUGCAACAACUGCUGUCAGUGUGACAGAACCCCAAGUCAAAUGUACAGGAAUCACUGAUAGUCCUGCCCAAGUAUUGAGUUUGGACCUGAUUUAGUUCUGGCUUUAUAGCUGGUUUAAUCUUGCUCCAGUCCCUGGUCUAGUGUGGAGUUAGACCUGGUUCAGUCCAGGCUUAGCACUUGGUUGGUUUACUCAAUUAUGGUGUUGUAGCCUUGCUCUAGUCCUGGUCUAGUGUGUGGUUUUUGCUUGGUUUAGACCUGGUUCAGUCCUGGAUUUACUGCUGAUUUUAGUCCUGGGUCUAGGCUGGGUCUGGUCUUGGUCUAGUAGAAGUAGUCUCAGAACUAUGACAUAAAAUGACCUAUCUCCACAUCUGUUAUCAUGGGGACUCUUAGCGGAAGUUUUGAAGAUUAGAUGUUGUAUUUCCACUUCUUGAAGGCCCUGUACCUGAUUUGUAGUUCUAGCUCAGGAAACAGCCCAGAAUCAUUCUGUAUGAUGUCUUCUGUUCAUUUUAACUGGCAUUUUAUUGGGUGACAACUGUAAAGAAACAACUAGGUGUGUCCACACUUUUUAUCUGUCAGAUCAGAAUCAUGUGGAACCAACUGACUGACUAUUCCAGAUAUUUAGUUUCUCUAUGAUGGUUGGACAUAACUUGAAGUGCAUACUACUCCUUUCAUUCUAAUGUAGCCAACAGUAUUUUAUGAAACAUGUAUCUCAAUAAUCUUGUGAUGAUUCUGGUGAUGUGUAUUUUGUUAUAUCCUGGUUGGACACAGGCAGCAGAUAUGACAAACCUCAAGGUCCAUAACUGCUCCCUAGCAACCUUAAUGUAAACAAGGGCCUAAAACUUGUCCAAAUUACACCAUAGUUAUGUCACUUAAUUGAUGUAAAACUGAUAAAUAUUCACCACAGGACCUGUCCCACCAAACCAAGUCAGAAUUAGAGCCUGAAAACCUGUGGUAUGCACUUUAAAGGUCUGAUAGACCCCUGUGAGCUUUAAGACGUGUUAUAACGCUGUUACCUCCUAAAAACAGACCUAGAGUUGUUUUUUGUUUCAUUCACACAGGUCUGUGUAAUCCUUUGUUGUUAGUCUGGCUGUUUCCAAAGCUCAAAAUGCUCUUUUCAACCUUGUGAUGUCAUGAAGUGAACAGCUCCUUUUACCUUUAGUUCACUAAAGACUGGCAAUUCUAGGACUGAAAUCAUUCAAAUGAUUCUAGUGAAGGUGUGUGGAGCAUUUCCUGUAUUACCACAUGACAUCACAAGGUGGAACAGAUUGUUUUUAGUCUAAGAGAAGAAUUAUGUAGUAAUGUAAUUAUGAAGGGUUUGUGUUAAACAUAAGAAUGAAACAAAACACAACUCCAGGGGGCUUUUCCAUCAAAGUCUCUUAACAAGUCCAGACUUAUUCUGAAAUCCUGAGCUAAAACCAGCUCCACCUCCAGCUUAAGCUUCAAGUCAUUCCAUGACAGAAAUAAGCCUGAGUCUGAGCAAAGCUAAUUCAGGCCUGAAGUUUAAGCUGCGCUUUGUGCUCGCAGUGACUCUGAGAAGGCCAGAGCAAUGAAGCAAUUACAUCACGGAAAAUGGGCUCAAAGUGUGACUUUUUUCAUGAUCUGAUUAAAUGGGAGAGGAACCACAGUGCACGGACAAGAGUUUGAUAUAGGACACUGAACUGAACUCCUCCCGGUCACUCCAUGGACAGAGUGGAGGCUGCUGUGGAGUGAGGAGCCUGGUUGCUCUGGGAAUGAAGUUGCCCGACCCCUUCCCGAAGCGCAGUAGUACUUGUGGAGCUUUAGGUUCAGCUGUGCGUAAAAGGAACAGACCUCCCAUGUUCUCUAACAAGAAACAAAAAAAAAUCCGUGCAGACAUGUUUUACAGCGAGCGAGAGACGAGGGAAUGAAGAGAGAGAGACAGACGUGAUGAAGGAGAGAACAGACAGAACCCACAGUCAUCCUCAGUCCAAACCAGCGUCUGUGUGUGUAAAAGCUGCACUGCCCCUCACAGCAGACACAUGUGCAACAUCAUAUGAAUGAAGUAAUGGUCAUAGGCUUUUAUAUGGUUUGUGCCUUUUUGAUGAGUGCAGCGUCCACGCACACGUGUGUCUCGCGUCUACACACAUUUGUCCCGUGUGUAGCAGCAUAUGGACUCAAGCGACACAUGAUUCUAAAUGUGACUGUUUAAACUGUAUCAGACCUAGCGGUGUUCUGACACAGAUAUGUGAUGCUGAAACUUUUGACUAAACUGUUUCUUUAGAUGUUCUUGGAGACAGAGCUAAAAUAAUCUUGACAGUCUGGUCCUGACCAGGUGUGUUUCUGGGUGUUUGUUAGUGCAGUCACGUUGUUUGAAUGGAACUGAAGCUUUGAUAAGCCUGGAUUGGCUGAAUAAGUCAGGCUUUCGCUUUAGCUUUCUUCAUGGAAUACCCCCAGGUCUGUUUGUGAUGAGAAAACACCAUCAGAACAUGGAUGAUAAAAUGAGGUAAUGGCUCCUUUAAGCAUGUUUGUCAGUCGUGGUUCAGCAUUGGGUACAGGGCCUUUCAUAUAACUGAGCCAUUCUAACAGUGCAUAUAGGGGAAUGCCAAAUGACUGCUGUCUUGUAAAUACUGCUUAAUGUAAUCUCUCUUGUUGCCAUGUAGUUCCACUUUUAGCAAUGUGAUUCCUACUCCAGUUCUGGUUUUCAGUGUUGUGAUUAGCAGAGUGUGAUACAUUAGAUAACAGAUACUUAGCAUACGAUUAUGUACACGAGGAAAAAGUUUAAAUCUGACGGUUUUUGUAUUUUUUUAAUUGUUAGUUUUAUUUUUUGAGAAAAUCUGGCCAAACAAUAUGCCUGUUUGUUAACAAUAGUGUUAAAAUGUGCAGUCUUUGCAAUUUAAAUUUACUUUAUAUUAUAUUUUAUUAAAGCUGUUUAAUAGGGCUGCGUGAUAUUAGAAAAAUACAUUUAGUAAUUAUGUUGAAAAUUGAGAUCACACAAUGUUGACAUUUAAAUUUUGACAAAACUACUUAUUUACUUAUUAAAUAUGAAUGAAAAUUGCCUAGAAUGUUCUAACCUUGUCCAGCAAGAUGGAUUCUUCUUCUGUUUGUGAGUUCACACAUUCAAGAGAAUCCGUCUUGGAUUGUGUCCGCUGUCCGGAGAAUCAGGCGGACCAGUCACACUGAAGUUUGUGCGGAAGCCAAAGGCAAAGCUCCCAAAUGAACCUCAACAAACAUGGUGCUGCCGACAGAUUACAUCUCCAUAGUGGCAAACAAAAAAGUGACAUAGUGCAUCUUUAAAUAAUUGUGUUUCAAAUUUCAGUCACAAUAUUUUGUCAUUUAUUGGUUAAACAUAAAUCAGAACUUGACCAAGACUAAACCAGGACUAAUGCAAGUCUAAACUCCAUAAAGGGGCACUAUGUCACAUUUCUGGUGGAUAGUUGGUCAUGAGCUUGUCUCCAUGGAGAUGUUUUUAUCUAAAAUGUUCCAUAGUAUGGUAUUAAAGGUGCAUGUAUUUAAUGACAGGUUUUUGUAUUACUAAACAGUUCUUGACCUGGUGGCUUCACUCACUUGUAUCAGUGGACAUGGACACGUUUAAUGCCAUACUGUGGAGCAUUCCAGGAAAAGCUCUAAAGUGUUCACGGAGACGAGCAGGCAUCAGAAAAGACUUAUUGCAAUUUAAACUAGGUGUAAAUCAGGUGUGAAGCGGUUGAAAUGUCACUUUUGCACAUAUCGUGCAGCCCUGUUGUAACAGUCUCUUGUGUCAUCAGUGUUAAUAGUUUGUAAAUGAAAAGUGUUUGAUCUAUUUAAGUGAAGCUGUAAAUGCACAUGUUUUGUUCUAGUUCUAAUGAAUUCUUUUGCCUGGUGACAUUUCUUCAUGUUUUUCCUUUUUAACUGUGUGUCCUUUUGAAAUGAUUUUAACUUAAACUAACCUGAGCUGUGUUUGAAGUCUUACUGGUCUUCUCUGCUGAUUUUUCCAGAUGUUUUUGAAUGCCUCAUUUGUAUCUGUCACAUGUCACACUUUAUGUGCACUUGUUUUUUCUGAUGUAAUUUCAAUUUUCAAGACUUAGUUUUGCAAAUAAACUUUUGAUUGGAACCAGGA